AUGUCUUUGAAUCUGGGGUUUUCUUACUUUAUUGACAGCUCCAUGCAAACCGCUGUCAAGCGUUUUACGCACAAAAAGUUCUGGUAAGUAUUCAAGAGCCUCUCAUCGCCGUCUUUAGUUCUGAUCAGCGUUCGUCUACAUAAACCAUACAUGUAAAUAGCUGUAGCAUAGUAUUGGAAAAGUUGAUUGCGAUUUGUUUUCGAACAGCCAGGAAGUUCUUUUGGUUGCAUUUUCUUUUCUAGUUUCCUAUUGGCUGUUUUCGGAUCUCUCCCAUAGACACUCCCUUUGCCCCCAAAAUUGUGCAUACAUGUAAGUUAAUUAUUGUUUUCAAAUGCUCUUAGGAAUGGCACAUUCCAUUUUCUUAUCCGCCACCCCCCCCUCCCCCCCCAACCCCAUGGAAGGAAUAAUUAAAUAAUAUCCAGAAGAACCCUGUUGGAAUCUGACAUUUUGACUACAAUAAAGGGUCUCCGAAUUAGGUGUUGGAUUCUUGCAUUACUACGAGGCCUGUGGGAAUUGGGAGAUCUGGGACUUGUAGGAAUCACAAUAAAAGUGAUGAGGGCCUGUCAGUACCCUGCCCUCCAUACCUUGUGGCGAGAUAAGGGACCUGUAGGAAUCACAAGCCUAUCAAAUCAUGACUUCCAUCAGGGGUUUCGAAUAAAAUGUCCUAAUAUGCAGUCCUCCAGCCCAGGAGCAUUUGAAAACAGUAGUUUAUGCAAAAUUUGGGGGGCAUGCAGAGUGUAUUGUUGGAAUUCUGAAAGUGGAGAGUGAAAGUAGGGCCUGUGAUGGUCAUGCUUAUGGUAGCAGGUGGAAAUCCCCAGCUCGAAGUCCUUAGUGACAGCCUUGGGAUACCAUUUUAGAAAGUAUUCACGGUGAUGCUUCCUCCUAGAAUUAAUAACUUGGUCAUAUGAAAAUUUCUUGGAGUGAAAGAACGUUUUUGGUUAUGAAAAGAUUUCAAUCCCCAAAGGAUUAUUUUGGUAUAUGGCCAUCACCUCCCAUAUGGAUGUUAAUAGGAUCUGACAUCCAAAGAGGUAUCUUAAUAUCCAGGGUAGCCAGAAGUUAAGCUGAUCGGAGCAAUAAAUAUUAUUUAAUUAUUGAUUUUUUGAUUUUUUUCUAUUAGGAAUGUUGCCACUCAUGUUGCGACAUCAUGGCCAAUAGCAUGGGCAACGCUCUGCAUUGGCCGAAACUUUUUACCCCUCUCACUGCAGCUACUGUUGAUUUUGUUGAAGUGCCUUCUCUGUAUUGUACAAGAGCCACCCAUUGGGGUAAGUGGGGUCCUUUUUGAGGACAGGCAAAGAUUAUGUUAAUCUUACUAGUACCCAGGUGUCCUGUAGGCUGUUCCAGGCAUUCAGAAAUACACCUAUUUCAAUUAAGGUUGCUCCCGUGAAACAUGUUUCAUAGCCUGCGGUGCACUAUGGUAAACCCUUUUGUAGUGGGAAGUUUAGUCUUGUUCAUGUUCAUUAAAAUAAUGGAGACCAUUUGUGAAAAGGCAUUCAAGAGAGCUUUCAAGUCAAAUGGCUGCUAAAUUUCUUAAGCAUGAGCGAGCUGAAAAAUUUCAUUUUUAAAAUCUCAUAGUAAAAAAUUAGAAGCCUCUUUUUUUAACAUCAUUAAAUGAAUAGGGUUUUAUUGCCUGAUUAAGCUGUGUUUUUACAUGGGCCAGAAUGUUGGUUAUUUCAAUUAUAAAGCAAUCAACGCGUUUUUUUCUUUUCAUUCAGUUUUAAAAAAUUGCCUCAAAAAUAGAUAAACACGUAAUGUUAAUUUACUUAUUGCUGUUCAACAAACGCCUUGAAUUAUGAAACAUGGAUCAUGCAUCAUUCUUCUCAGAAGCAAUUUUGAUUGAAAUAGGUGUAUAUAUAAGAGAUAAAGUACACAAAAAACUUGAAGAAUGUUUUGAAUCAAAAAUGUCAACAUGACAAAACAAGCAAGGUUCACAACAUUCACUAUAAGUAUCUUAGACGAUUUAUACUUACUGUAGCAGCAUAAAUGGAACACAAUCAAAGUACGUAUACAAUUGCCACAAUCUUAGAUCAUCAAUGCGCAAUACGGGUCACAUUUCAUGACCAUUCUUGACUUUUUCAUCAGUCGCUUAAAAAACCUGCUGCUGUUGAGAGGUUAUUUUGAUUGAUUGAUUGAUUCACUUUUAUUUGAAUACGGGAAUUUCAUAAGUUACAUAACUUCUUUACAUGAAAGCCGUAUAGAAACAGAAGUAAAUACUGUACAACUACACUAAAAAUAUGUACAAAUAAUAAAAUAUAGUAAAAUGUAGUCAACAGUUUGCCUGCCUUCUAGCCAGUUUUCUUUUAAAGAUAGCUUUAGAUUCGGACGCUUUUAUGUCAUUUGGUAAUGAAUUCCACAGCAUUCCUCCUCUGUAUGAGAAAGACCCCUUAUAAUAUUCUGUUUUUGGAACGUGGUCCAGUACAACAUUAUUUUGGGAGUUGGGGACAGUCCCUUUAGUGGCGGUUGGCCAUUGUGGGCUGAGGUGGCCAUUAUAGAGAGGUUUAAAUAAGAGCAAAUGUAUGGACUGUCCGCUGGGACAAAAAUUAGUGACCGUUGUAGCGAGAUGGCCAUUGCUGAGAGGUGGCCAUUAGUGAAGGUUUGACGGUAUUCUGUACCUUAACCAAUAAAACUUUGUAUGAAAUAGACUCUGCUCAUUCUUUAUUGAAUCAUACCUUUCCAUCUUUUCAUCUUUUACAGUUUGCCUACACCAUUUUGUACGGUACUAUGGCUUACUAUGUAUUAAUAGUGUACACUGGAACAACAACAUUCCAAGCCUUCUUUGUUAUUGCUUUAUGCCUUGGUAUUCAGCUUUUGAGUCACUUAAUUUUUGAAGGAGGAAUCCCACAGCGUCUGCCUACGAAAGAAGACGGUGCAUUGUUUCAAGUCUUGGAUCUCGCAAAUGAGUUUUUUCUUGCCCAGUUUCACUUCAUGUUGACUUUAAUGGUCAGACGUGACCUUCUACCUAUAUUACGGUGGCGCUCAGAUGCUUCAUUGCACAAACUAAUGACAGCAACUCAAGAACUAAAGUAUGGUAAGAAGGCCCCAUGAAAGGCUUUAUAGCCACGCUCAGUAUUGGAAAGGACAAGCUAUAAUACAUUGUGACUUGCUCAAAAAUUAGAUAAAUUAAUAUAUAAUAAUUAUUAUUGACUAAUGGAGUUAGUCUGCAGUCUGCGUAGCUGAGAGGAUUGCUAUGUCCUGAGUACUUUCUUGAAAGCGUGGCCGUCACGUAAAUGAGCGUCAAAGCCAUGAUGGAUUUUCUUGAAUGUGGAACCCCAUGAGUAAACAAUUUGACUUGCUCCCAAUCUUCUUGCAUCUCCACCAGUUGCCAAAAAACUACUUAACAGCGCUUUCCUGCUUCACCAGCUCUGCAGGCUAAAAAGAGUAAAUUAAUACACUGCCAAUAAAAUUGAAUAACUUGAUCUUGAUAAGAAAGAAAGAUUUAAAGAAUUUUAUGAUUAAGUUCUAUCCACAGUAUCCAUCUGCCAAUGUGGAUCUUGAAAUGCACUGAGCCCUAUUACUGCGAGACUUAUGGCAAUGAAACUUAGUGGAUCUGAAAGUGAACCAACAGACUAUGAAGCUUUUACAGUGGUUUGCAGACUGUGUACUCUAGAAGAUAAACUGUGGCCUUUAGGAGUAGACUGAAACACAACCUUUCAAAUAAGUUUUUUGUCUUCUUUGUUGAUGAUGCCAUUUUUAAAAUGUUUGCAUAUUAUUUCCAGAAUCAGCUGACAGAGUAUGCCUGCCUAUGCAUGACAAGUGCAAAGGUUUGCACAAGGAGGGAACUGUUUACUCAGCUACCGUAAAAUUCCAAAAUAAGCCCAGGGGUUUAUAUUUUUCAAAGGCCCUUUUUGAGGGGCUGAUUUUUGGAGGGGGUAUAUUCGAAGGGGCUUAUCUGCGGAGGGAAAUUUGCAUUUCAAAACCGAUUGGGCUAGCCUUAUAGUUGGAAGUAAAUUUACCGUUUCUGCUUUGUUUUACUUUGCAUUUGAGGGCAAUUUUCCAAGUACAAGCACCUGGGGGGCUUAUAUUUGGAGGGGCGAUUUAACAGAGGGUAUUUGGAGUUACCCGCUUGGGGGCUUAUAUUCUUGGAGAGGCUUAUUUUUGGAUUUUUAUGGUAUAUUGCAAAACAAUGCAACAUUGUCACCAACUUGAAGUGUACCUACCUAAAAGAAGCAGCACACUAGCAAUCAGUGCCACGCUUUCAGUAACACCAGUGAUUUUGUUACAAAUAGUUAUGCUGAGUCCUGGGACUCAUCUUGUGAAAAAUCGUGAGUCCUAGUCUCGAACCAUUGAGUCCCAGUUCAAAAACCAAUGAGUCCUAAACUGAAUUUCUUGGGGCCUUUAUUAGACUGCGAGCAGUCUCUUGUUUUUCUUUUGCGUCACGGUAAAAUGUGAUAACGCGAUAAUUAAUUUCCUUUUUUGCCAGUAAUUUGCAUAAUUUUUAAGAGGAGAGGAGAUUUUAGAUAGGGGAGGGGGAAGAAGAGAAAGGAAGUUUCUCUCCUUCAGCUCUCUCCCUUUUUCGCUUCCAUCUUUCCCCCUUUCCCCCAGAAACGCCUGAUACUCAGCUACGCGUGGCUCUGAGGAACAAAGGACGACCGCUCGGGGCCUUAUCAGUUUAUGUAACCAUGCAGACAAUUAAUCUGAAGACAGACUCAAAAAUUCUGUAUUACAGUUUACUGGAAUAAAAAUCUCCUUUUGUCGUAAAGCACAACAAAGAAAAAGAAAUAUACCUCAUUAAACAACAGCCGCAAGAACAGCCACUGAAAUCACACGAACAGAAUAUUCUACAAAAGCAUCUUCAGGUCGAUCAAACAAUCUUUGCGUCCCCCACGAGACACAUGUAAUGAAUUGUUUUGCGUCUUUUGCGCUUUUUAUGCGUCAAGGAAGCAGGACGCAGAGGUAACAAAAUCACUGUAACACGGUGGUUAGGGAAAGUUCAUUUAAUAUGACAAGGGGGGGAUGAAGAUAUUGAAACUCGAAGCUUGAAAUUUUAGCAGCCCCCCUCGCUAGCGGUUCAUUUUUUUAGGAGCCCCCUCCUUGGUAGUCGAAAAAUUUUCAGAGCCCCCCCCCCCCCCCUCCUUCAAUUCCUUUGCUCCCCUGAAAAAAGAUCGCUAGAC